AUGCCCCCAUUGCGGCUUUUUCAAUUCGCCAGUCUCACACAGAAAGGGCUAAGAGGCGCCUCUUGUCGGAGAGCUCAUCUGCACCUGGCUUCUGGGGGGACGCAGACGAUAACUAAACCUGCAGAUUCAAGGACUCGUUCUCGACCUUUGGCUUUGGCUGGAGCAGGCUCAGUUCUCUGUGCCUGGUAUCUGUUGCAGGAGCCACUUAGUCUUGAAGAAGCUCCAGAAUCAUCAAUACGAGUUGAGCCUGAAACUUGUGUCCGGUUUCCAAGCACAAUACAACCACCCUCUUGUCCACCCUUGACCCUUGUUGGGCUAGGGGUUCGAGUAGUAUCAUUUUUGAAGUUCAAAGUAUACGCUGUUGGCUUCUAUGCGGAACCCGCUUUGCUUCAGACGACUGAAGACGCGCCUUUCGAAGAAAAAAUCGAGCGUAUCAUCCAGACUUCGGCUUGCGCCAUUCGGAUUGUGCCCGUGCGCUCGACAUCGUACACGCAUCUCCGAGAUGCUUUCAUACGAGCUCUCCGUUUGCGAAUCGUAGACUUGAAGAAAACGAGGAAUUUAUUCCUAGAUGAAGAGAACGCAUUGGAAGAGUCGCUGCAGAGGUUGAAGGGGAUCUUUCCAAUUUCAUCAUUUGAGAAGAAUUCGUCUCUUCUCGUCUAUUCGGUUCCUGAAGUGCAUGGGGGUUUGAAGGAACGUACACUGAUUUUCGACGGAUUGGGGGAAAUUCAAAGCACCUGGAUGGCGGCGAAUUUCUUUUAUACAUAUUUUACUGGGAAAGGCGUUAGUCCAGCAUUGCUGAAAAGCGUCAAAGAGUCCCUGAUCUCCAAAAAAAUCUGGAUGGCGGAGUUAUUAUAAUUAGACGGGAAUUGGUGGGUUAAGUUUGCAAUUAUAGCACGAUCAUCAAUGAACUCUUUCGGCGAGUCCUUGUUUCUCCCUCAUCGUCUUCGUCCUCCACUUCUGGAUCGACACUUGAAGGCAGAAUUUCGUCUAUGCACUCCGUCGUGUCCGUUUUCACGGUGGUUCGGAUGUCAGAAGGCUUGAAGGAUAGCAUGGAAGGCAACGAAGUAGACAAUAAAGUUGCAUGCGGGAUAGCUGCUGCCAUAGCGUGUAUUAUAAUUGUACGGUAC